AUGUCGGCGAACAUCACAGACUUACCUCGCCUCGGCGAUGGUUGUAAGCGACCCCCAGUUCGGCGUUGUCUCUUCGGGAGACCAAAUCGUGAGAAUUUGGAUCGUAACCUCAGUGUUCAGGAGAAUUUACUCACCCAAGAGAACGAUGACACCAAACGUUUCCGCGAGCGUUGGGGUUUUGACCCCGCGUUAGGAAAACCCAUGGAAGGUGGAGACUUCGAGUGCACACCCGUGGACAUCCAGUCCGUCCCCAGCUUCUACUCUAAAGGAUAUCCUCGCCGUAAGACCAAACCCUGCAGUCGAUCUAUGCGGGAAAGUAGCAGGAGCCCCAACAUGAUGAACAACAGCCUGAGCAGGCUACGAUCUUUCCUCGAUGUUUCCCUCAACAACAAUAACAGCAACAACAACAACAACAUCAACAGUGACGUGAAUCCGCUGUCGAUCGUGAGGCCGUCGGUCAAGCGUCGGCUGCCCCUGGAUUGUGACAGUGUGAAUGAUGAGAAUCAGCAGAAUGUUCUUCCUUCCUCUGUGUCUGUGUCAGGCGACAGGUCAAGCAGCUCUUACAACAGCAACAGUCGUGUUCCGAUGCCAACAGACCCUGUGGUCACUAGUGGAGUACACACCCCGGCCUCAUCUGUAGAAUCCUCACCUUUAUCCGACUCCUGCCCGUCACCUCUUUCUCUCAGGGACUUAGCGUUCCGAACCCCUCAACACCAGACCCUUGUCAAAGUUUGA